UUGAUUACUCUCAGCGUCGCCCCCUCUGGCUUUGUCAGUCAGUACAAAAGAGAUGGUGGACUUACCAUCUCCCUUUCUGGACCUGUGACGAAUGUCACCACUGUCGACGAUCUCAACUUCACAGCGACUGUAGCCAAUACUGGUUCAGAGUCGGUGAAGAUCUUGAAGUGCGGGAAGAUUUUGGAUAAUAUCCUUCCAACCCGCUCGUUCACUGUUACCAAGGAUGGAGAGACUGUUCCGCUC